AUGAAAAAGACAAAUAUGAAAGGCCCACAACUUUUGAUAUUUGUACUUAUAUUUAUUAAUUUAUUUAAGUACUUGUGUAGCACUAGCACUAGCCCUACACUCCCAUUUGCAGAGUUGUUUUGUCUCUCCAUUUGCUGGUAUGCAGUUGUUACAGGAGCAAACAAGGGAAUUGGCUUCGAGACUGUCAAACAGCUCGCGAAAUCAGGUGUAACGGUUAUCUUAACAGCCAGAAAUGAAAAGAGAGGAAUGAAAGCAACAUCCUUGCUGAAUGAACAAGGACUUUCGAACGUUGUGUUUCAUCAGCUUGAUGUUCAAGAUGCUAAAAGCAUCGAGUCCUUAGCAAAGUUCGUACAAACACAAUAUGGGAGGCUUGAUAUUCUGGUAAAUAAUGCUGGAGCUUCUGGAGUUGUAGUUGAUGAAGAUGUCCUAAGGGCCUUGAAUGUAGAUCCGGUAGAUUGGUUAGCAGGGAAAGCUGUCAACGUCAUUCAAGUUGCGAUGAAAACAACUUAUGAGAGUGCCAAAUUAUGCUUGGACACUAAUUACUAUGGCGUUAAGAACGUUACUGAAGCUCUUCUUCCAUUGCUGCAAAAUUCUCCUUCAGCAAGAAUUGUUAAUGUUUCCUCCCUUAGAAGUGAGUUAAAGCGAGUACCAAACGAGGAGAGGAGAAAGGAGCUAGGAGAUGUUGAAAACUUGACAGAAGAUAAACUCGACAAGAUUCUGCAGAAUUUUUUGCAUGAUCUGAAACAAGAUGCUCUCGAGGUGAACGGUUGGCAGAUGAUGCUACCAGCAUAUAGCAUAUCAAAAGUCUCACUCAAUGCUUACACUCGAAUUCUUGCAAGAAAGUACCCGAAAAUGUGUAUCAAUUGUGUUCAUCCUGGAUACGUCAACACGGAUAUAAACUGGCAUACAGGAACAAUGCCCGUCGAAGAAGGAGCUGAAGGAUCUGUCAUGCUAGCUCUUUUGCCUGAUGGAGGACCUACUGGUUGCUACUUUGAUCGUACAGUAGUUGACGAGUUUUAGAUACAACAAUAACUAUGCCUCAGUCCCAAACAAGUUGGGGUCAGUCGUGAUGUUUUAGAUAUAACAAUAAGUACGCCUCAGUCCCAAACAAGUUGGGGUCAGUCGCGAUGUUUUAGAUCAAGUCGUGAAAUUAAGACUAUUUGUUUCAGUGUCUCUUGGAAUUUGGUUGAAUUUCUGAGCUUGAUUGAUGUUCUAGUGGUUGAAUUAGUAAUUGAAACAAUGAGGGAAGCAAAGGAUAAUAUAAUCAAGUAAUGUGUUGUAUCGUAUCGUACUGUAAUGUUUUAAUGAUCAGUAUAAUGUUUGGAUAGA